ACCUGUUACGAGAUGGAAAGGUACCUGAACGACGAACCGAAGCGGAAAUCCUUCAAAAAACUACCGCCCGAUGUAGAUCGCACCUGGUACGGGAUGAGCUUAGAGGACUACAGCGACCGCCACUUCGACGCUUUGAGUUCAGCCAGUUCGCCAUGUUCGUGGGACGGCGCUCUUUCCUGCGCCAUUCUCGUCAAACAGGAACCCAUCGACGACAUCGACGACGAUGACGAAGAUGACGACAGCUUCGAGAGCCCCAGUGACGUGCAACUGAGGCUCGGCAGGAACCCAGCGACGCUGACGCCCCCUUCGAGCCCCGAAUCGGGACAGGGCGGGCUCAGCAAUGAGAGUUCGGGGGGCGCGAGUGAUUUGGACGUUUGCGGACUCCGUUUUGGCACCGGGGGUCACAGGAACACCAUUGUGAGGGUGCGCGCCUCCGGAUUAACGAGGUACAUUUCCGUGGUACCCACUCGGCCGGUGAGCAGUAAUAUUUCCUCGUCUACGACGCCGCAGAAGCAUCAUUCCCGUUUGGACCAUUCGCCGGAUUCCAAGAGGCGGAUACACAAGUGCCAAUUCCUCGGAUGUAAGAAAGUCUACACGAAAAGUUCGCACCUGAAGGCUCACCAGAGAACGCAUACAG